CGAACCUCGCUGGGAAGCUUCGAUCCGGGGAACAAAUGUGACCCGGGACGCUGGGGGUUUCGGGUCCACCUUAGCGAAGGCCCAUCCUCAGGUGGCGGCGAUCACUCAAGCAAUAGGACGAGCAAAAUUUAAGCGUACCUAUUACUGCAACGGUAUCCCCCUUGAGGGGCUGGUGGAUACUGGAGCUGACGUUACAGUCAUCUCCGCUCGGCAGUGGCCGUCCACCUGGGACAAAUCCGAAGUGCCAGCCAUUUGGGGAGUGGGCGGAUUGCAGACUGCUCAACAAAGCACCCGAUGGAUUGCUAUAACUCCACGAGAGGGGGGAAAGGAGAUUCUCCUUAAACCCUAUAUCAUGGAUAUUGCUGUAUCCCUAUGGGGAAGAGACUUGUUAAGCAAAUUUGGAUCACAUCUUCCCAUUCAUGACUGAGUUUACUGCCCUUCCCUUUUUGGCUAACACAUUUUGUUAGUGCCUGGCCGAGUUCUGCCGCUUUCAUAGCUGCUUUUUUUGGCUGUCCGCCAAGCCCCCCUUUUUCUUGGCUGUUCGCCAAGCCCCCCUUUUCUUGGCUGUCCGCCAAGUCUUAGCUGCAGCGGUGUCCUUGACUGAGGCCAGUGUUUUAUUUUUAGUUUUUUUCAGUUAACUCAAGUUAACUCAUUCUGUUCUUUUUGGAUCCCAUUGAUAGUCAUGUAUUUUUUCAUCGAAAUGCUAAAUUUUUAGCGAAGCAUUUUAUGAUCCCUUUAAAUUAAGCCCAAUGUAUUGUUUAAACCUGUAAUCAUUGUGCCAGUUUUCAUCAUUAUCCCGAAUUGGGUGUUAAUCCCCGCGGCCUUCAAUUCAACCAAAUGUGGCAAAUGGAUGUCACGCCUUAUCCCCCUUUUUUUCCUUGGAAAUAUUUACAUGUUACCAUUGAUAUCUACUUUCAUUAUAUUUGGGCCACCCCACAACGGGGCGAACAGGCCAAACAUGUAAUCAAUCACGUUUUUGCUGCGGUGGCCGUUAUGGGCCGCCCCCGACAGACCAAAAUCGAUAAUGGCCCCGCCUACAUUUUUCACAGGUUUGCAGAUUUUUGCACGCAGUGGCAAAUUAACCACGUCUUUGGUAUUCCGUAUAAUUCCACCGGUCAAGCCAUUGUGGAAUGGACCAAUCGUACACUUAAAGAGUACCUAAAAAAGCAAAACAAAACAGUGGGGGAUGAUGGGCCAUCCCUGGGUGCCAAGCAAAAUUAAUUAGCGAGAGCCCGGACCCUACUUGGUAUGGCCCCGUUCCAUUGAUAACCUGGGGACGGGGGCAUGCCGCUGUGCUUACUCCCACAGGUCCGUUGUGGGUCCCUGCCAAAAAUGUGCGACCGUGGCACGAUGACGUGGCAUCAAAGCCUCAAGAACCCGAUACCCAACUUCAAUCUGAACCUAACCGAGACCUUUCCAGUGUGCCGAGCCACAAAGACGGCACCAAAGGUUACAUGGGGGCAGGUGAAGCGACUGGCGCAGCAGGCUCAGCAAACGCUGGAGAAUAACAAGGCCGAGCCUACCCCCGAAUAUUUUAUUGCUGCUAUCUUUGCCUGUUUGACCGCUAAUUCUUUUACCAUAUUGUUGUGUUGUUUUUGUGUGUUACCGGCUGGGGCCGAACCCGAAUUGCAUAGCCGUAUGCGUUAUAAUAUAUGGGCUCGACUUGCGAUUCUUGCCAAUCAAUUUUCCUUUUGUUUACAGCAGGCCCCUGAAAUGGGCCUGUUGGGCACCUGCCUGGUCCCAGUAUGUACGGCGCCGGGCAAUGCUGCAAAUGCAAUGGGGAUGUUAAAUUUUAUGAAUGCCACCGAGAUCCAAUAUUCUUCUAUGAGCCUAUGGGGUCAGGCCACUUAUGUGAAACCCGCGAGUGCCUUGUCCCUCUUUACCCCACGGGUAGCCAAUCACGCCAAUUUGACCUGUGUACGGAUGGUUAAUUGCACACGUCACAAGUCCCCAAAAGGAUGUUUGCGGGUGGGUACCCCGGGAUGGAACUGUACACACUUUCAAAAUGUGUCCAGCAAUUACGGGCACAUCUUGUUACCGGAGGGUUGGUUUUUUACUUGUGGUCAGAGGACCUUUAAUUAUAUUCCGGCCAAUAUUUCAGAAGCUCAAUGUUGCCUAAGCAGGCUCACAUUGAUACUCCCCACAAGGUCAGUGUUGACUGGCUCCCAAAUUAAUGAGACCCGUACCCGACGCCGGCGAAGCUCAACCCCCAUGAGGUCAGAAUGUAAUGCCAACGUCAGCCUUUUCAGUCGGGCUGAGUACAUCUCUCUGGCCGUUUCCUUGGUGGGUCUCCCUGCGUUGGGAGUAGCCAAUCACCAACAGCUUAGUCGAUUGGCAUGUGCCCUAGUGAAAAAUAUCAAUUAUACGUUUGCCGCCUUAGCCUUGCUGAAUUAAGAAUAGGAGGAGCUUUGUAAUGCCAUAUUAGAUUAUUGAGCAGUAAUUGAUUACCUGCUAUUGCUCAGCCAAAUGGGUUGUGAGGAGGUAUAUGGCAUGUGUUGUUUUAAUCUGACAGACAAUUCUAAACGGAUUCAAGCACACAUAGAUAACCUCCAAGAAAUGGCACAAUACAUCCAGCAGGACAGGAACCCAUCAUGGUGGGAUGACCUUUGGGCGUGGCUGCCAUCCAUGGGAUGGGUCCGAACUGUUCUGCAAUAUGCUUUGAUUGUUAUCGCCUGCUUGAUUGGUUUUUGUUGCCUUGCUCAGUGUAUUCCUAAUAUACUUAGGAUGUGUUUUACACCCUGUCGGUGCAAACCCCUGCCUACACCCCAGGCCGUCAUGUAUGCAUAUAAAAUCAUGAAACAUGCGGACCAGGCACGGGUCGACAAAACAGAAAAGGAGGGGAUGUAGGAACUUUACACUUCCUAAGCACCAUGGGGGUAGGAAGACCGCCCCCGACUAUGGAGCGGCCGAAGUGGUUCCUCCCCCACACAUUCCGGUCAGGAGACACACUGAUUAAGCGCCGACCAGGUGUUUACCACUGGAGUACGCAGUGCAUAAAGCACCAAUCAGGAGAGGGGGCGAGGAGUUGGAUUGAGUUAGUACAUGCGCAUGAUAGGAUGAAUUAUGUAACCAAUUAUAAUAAAUAGACGUGCAAA